CAACGGACGGAAGAGGCCACCGUGUUGUCUACGAACCGUGAACUUGGCCAGUCGGCCUUGUCAAAAGUCAAAAAUCAAAAUAAAAAUUAUUGAAAUUUAUAAUGUCAAGUAGAUAUGUCCGUUUUUUGCACAAUUCGACUAAAAAUAGUAGUGCUUUGACUAAUUUUAUUCGAAAUUAUUCAAGAAAAGUAGGAAAUGAUAGUGAGAGUCCUUAUAAACAUGUCAAACCAAAACACCCUUUAGAAGAUGCCUGCAAUUUAGUUUGGAAAGAUCCUAGUUUUGAAAUAUUGACUGCAAAUGAAUUUCCUUUAUUUUUACGUGGGAAUAUUGGCCUUGCUUGGUAUGAUACCCAAACCACUGUUAAAUCUCACCAUGAGCUGAUAAUGGAACAAAUUGAUCAUGCCAAUGAUCCUCAGAAUAGUAACAUAACUGUAAAGGUACAAAAGUGUCCGACAUUGUUGAGGGGGACAGUCAAAGAUUUAUUUCCUUAUCGACCAUUGGAAGACAAUAGUGUUUUAUCUGUUGUGACUAUUGCACUAAAGCCAAAUAUUAAAGAUAUGAGGACAAAUAAAGAAUUGGAAACUGAAAGAUUAGCUCAAACUUUUUUGAUUACUGCCAAAAAGAUUUGUGAUAAAUUGAGAACUGCAGGAUACUGGGCAGAUUUUAUAAAUCCAUUUUCAGGACGUCCAUAUUUCACGCCAUCCACGUUGACAGAAUUAUAUCAAACUCAUGAAAAAUUUCGUUGUCUUGAUUUCCAAAUAGUAGAAAUCAAAGACUGCAAAGUGAUCUCCAACGAUGAUGAUUCACUAAAACAAUUUGUAGGAAGUUUGUUUACGAGUGCAGCAUGCAAUAAAAGGAAUUUGAAUUCUGUAUUUAUGUAAAACUUAUUUUAAAUUUUGACUUGGGUGAUUUAUUAAAUAAAUUAUUUUGUUGUUUUAAUUUAA